AGGGGAACGCCUUAGCCUAUUCACUAGAAGGCUAGGAAGCAGCUACAGGAAGAAAGUAGAGAAGAAAUAUCCAUGCUAGUGGAGCCGGGGAAGAAAUUCAACAAAUUUGUCAAGCCAAUAUUAUUUUCCCAUCAACCAGGAUUGCUCCAAUCAGCAUUACCACAUACCUUGACAGUGACCUAAAGGUCUUAAAAUAUGGGAGUACUUUGCAUGCAACUUGGAACUUCUGAAUAAAAGGAUAUCCCAAGAAUGAUAUUAAGAAAGUGACUGGUCCAGAAGCUUAACAGGAGGGGACAAUGGCCCGGACCAGAAGGUGUGGCUUCUGAUGUACAUUUGUCUGGCUAAUCUAGGCCUUGGAUGGGGCUUGACAGGGUCCCUCUGCAGCUCUGAGUUUUUGGGGACAAGAGGAAACAAGACCAGGAGCUUCAAAUCUUUUUUACAAUUUUAAAAGUCAAAACAACUUAACGAAGAAGGGUGAUGCCAUGGCAGCUAUUCCAACAACGUCAUCGGCCACAGGCAUGCUGACCAGUCCGUUCAUGAAGAAGAUGAACACGCCUGCAUCCCAAGAGGAUGCCAAUAUGGCUGUUAUAGGAGCUGUUAUUGCCGUGGUUUUUCUCACUCUCCUUUCAGUCGUUGUGAUAAUCGUUAUUUAUCUGUACAAGAAUAAAGGCAACUAUCACACUUAUGAACAACCUGAAGCAGAUCCAGAGGGAUCAGUUCAAAUGGAAGACUUCCCCUAUAAACGUGAAAAAGAAGAGUACUUCAUAUAGAAGAUACCGGACUGCUGCCAUGUUUUAGACUGUCCUAACUUAAAUAAACGAAAGUUUUAGGUU